AUGACCUUCAAAGUCAUCAUCGUGGGUGGCGGCCCUGUUGGGCUCUACAUGGCCCACGCUUUUGAGCGUGCCAACAUCGACUACGUGAUACUCGAACAACAAGACACCGUCCUGAACAUUUCAGGACAGCUUCUCUUCACUUGGCCCCAAACAGUACGCCUCUUCGACCAGAUCGGCCUCCUCGCAGACCUCGAAAAAGUCGCUUUAGGCAUUCAUCACAAGAAGCGUCUCUUCGGCGACAAUGGCCAAGUAACCACCACCAGCAACUUCUGGGAUGCCAUGCAAGACAACCACGGCUACCCCUUCCUCCCUCUCCUCCGCUCCGAACUCGUCAAAAUCCUCCACACCCACCUCAAAGGCCGCGAAUCCAACAUCCGCGUUAACUCCCGCGUCACCGACAUCCGUCCCCAUGCCACCGGCGUACACGUCCACCUCGCCGACGGCUCUCUCGUCCAGGGCUCCAUCGUCGUCGGCGCCGAUGGCGUGCACUCCCGCACGCGCCAAAUCAUGGACUCUCUCGCUGCACAACACGCCCUCAACCCCGCUCGUCUAGCUAACAAGCCCAUGGUAUCCACCUUUUACGGUAUAUUCGGCCGAGCAUCGAACCUCGAGCUAGGUAUCGAGCCCGAAGUCUUCUUCGAGUCCAGAGGCGGCGGACCAGAAGGUGGUGCCGUAGUGCAAUGUCUGGCUACCAAGGAAAUCGUGCAGUUCGUUACCCUCAAGCCUUUGCCGGGUGGUCCCACCAGCGAGCGCAGUCCGCGGUACACGGACGAAGAAAUGGAUGCGUACGCCGCCUCUUUGGAGGACGUGGCCGUCUGUCCUGGUGUCAAGUUCGGUGAUGUCUGGUCCAAGGCUGAAAGGGGGAGCACGAGGAUGUUGAACCAGGAGGAAGGAUUCCUGGAUAACUGGUUCUUCGACCGUAUCGUCCUUGUAGGCGACGCGGUGCACAAGAGUACCAGUGUUAACGGGUUGGGUAUGACCUGUGGGUUGCACUCGGGAGCUGUGUUGGCUAAUGAGUUGCACUCUCUUUUGUCCUCUCUUUCUGCCUCUUCUUCUGCCUCUGAAGACAUGGACGGUGAAGAGCCAUCAACGGAAGAGCUAGAGGCUGUCUUCAAACGGUACCAAGAGGAUCGCAAAGGAGAGGUCAAGCCCAUUUGGAACGGUGGACAUGCGAUGAUCAGGGAGGUGGUCAAGAAGGGCUGGGUCAGCUGGUUCUGGGACCGGUUUGUUUUGCCGUGGUGCGAUAUGGAGACUUUUGCAAAGGGACUGUUGGUUUCGGUGUUGCUGGUUAGGCAGGGGCAGAUUCUGAGGUUUGUGCCGUUUGAGGGCAGGGGUGGGAGGGUGCCGUGGGCUAGAAAGGUUCAAGUUGUUGUUUAG